GUGAGAGAGCUGAUGUUGCAGAGGACGCCCUCCCAGGUGUUGACCCGCCCGUAGAGGAGGAGCAGUCGGACUCCCUGCGAUCUGUAUCCAUUCUGGUUCUAGUGUACGCGCCGGAAUACAGUCCAGAGAUGCAUACGCUUGAAGUUCAGGUGCCAUGUGGGGUGGACACGCUUCUAACAGCAGUCCGUGCUAAACGCACUGAUGAGACCGCUACGAGUUUGUCUAUUCUGACGCCUGCCGCACCGCAAUUGCAUCAAGCUUUUGUCACCCUUGUGGCGUCACCGGCAUGGCCCACCGACAGGGUGGUAGUGAUUCUUGAUUGCCACCGCAUCGAUGGGCGGGUUUUCUCGAUUUCUCUGCAGAGCCCCAUGAACAGAGAAUCCCUCCUACUUGCGGCAGGAUUCCCACUUGAAAGCACUUUUGGGGUCUUUGUUCAUGGGUUAUACCGGCCGCUCGAACGAGGACACUUGAUCAGCCUCGUCACGGGUAUGACCAUUGCAUUCUUGUACGAAGGCUUAGGGGCCCCCCUGAGCCAAGACCUAGGCGUUAUGCUCUUGAGUACGGAUUGGUGGGAUUGUGAUGCGGACCUACCGGGCCCUCCAUAUCACCCAGGCAGCCACUUCCGCCUUUUGACAGAUGGAAUGCCUACUGUUUUUCAGGUACAAGAUGGACGGCGUUCUUCUUUCCGUAGCGAUGUCGCAGAAGCACUGCAAGCUUCAAUCGACAGGCUUACCAUCCAGGUGUCCAAGCCCCGCAUUCAGGAUGCCUUCCCAGCAGGGAAACCUGAGAGGCGGGUGCCUAUCCUCCUCGACUGCCCACCUCUGCAUACUUUUCCCGAGGGGCACGGUUUUCUAGUUGAGGCUGGUCACGAUCCCAACGAUGCAGGCACACAGGAUGGAGGGGAUGCAUCCCGGAUCGGUGUCCUUGCAGACCUGUGCACGGCCAAGCUAGCAUACUGCGGGUACUCCGGCGAGGGAUGCGAAGCUGCUUGUGUUCUUCAGGCCCAGACAGGCAUAUUGCUUCCCAGGUGCGUUGCCGUUGAACUUGCACCGGGCCAGUCACCUUCCGACCGUGCAGUUGCCAAUGCCCGGGCCGCUACAAGGCGUCUCGGAUUCGCGUGGCCUAUGCGACCAGCGUUGCUGCCUUUGCCAGAAGGUCCUGAGGUUGCCCCUGGCGAGCAAGAGGCCCUUCUUGAUGAGGGCUUAGUGUCUGUGACCUUUGUCAUCCUAAUACCGGAAUAUACACCAGAGUAUGUAGACAUGCAACUCUUACUGCCUCAAACACAGGCGGAGGCCCUUGAGGUUUUAGAGACCUGCAGAUGCUACACAACAGCAUCGGAUUUUCCGGUGAUGACGCCUGCUGCCCCGCAGCCCGAUCCGCGGCAUGCCUAUAUCUUGGCGAUGCCGGAGUGGGCAGCAGCAGAAAUAAUCGUCUGCUAUGAUUUGACCAUGAUCGAUGGUCGCAUCUUUGCGGUCACUGUGCCGCAAGAUGCGGGCCGUGCUACUCUUCUCAACGCGGCAGGUUUUUCAGCAGCAAGUGACAUUGAGAUCCAUGUCCCAGGAGCACCGUUGGGACCUGCUGUGUUCCUUGAGGAGAUGCUGCGCACUCAUCUUGCCUGGGGAUCAUCUCCAGUUGUGCAAGCGAGUGAGGUCGUGCCGCUCUGUCGCUACUGUCAGUUCCAGUCCACACUUGCGACCAGCUCAGGAUGCUGCCUGGACCUCGAGGCCCUUCGCCAGCUUUUGGAGCGGACGAUACCGGAAGGCUUCCAGGUUAUACGAGUCACCUUUCGGGCUGUUGAAGCACCUGCGGCCGCUACCAGUGCGAAUGCCGACAGUGGUAACGUAACUGCAACGGCAUCUAUUGAUGCCCCCAGAGGUGUGGCAGGGGCCGGAGGAGAUACCACCCAUGACGCUCCAUCCCGGUGGAGCAAUCUGCCUUACACCUCUGUUCGUCUUAUCAGGGACAUGGCCAACAGAAUGACCCCACAGGUAGUUUUCACUGACUACACGCACCAGCACAAGAUCCUUAGCGAGCCCAAAGGGUCACACGAGCAGCCGAACGGCCCCGUAGCCCGUGUGCGGGGAUAUGCCCGUGCUGCAGGCCUACCUUGGCCUUAUGACAGGCGCUUAUUGGGAGACGUUCAGCCCGCGGAUGACGUACAAGUCAUUGUGGAUGAGGCUGACGGCCAGACACCUCUUGCUGUUUGCCUGCUUCUGCCAAACUACAGUCCUGAACAGCUUGCGGUGCGCGUCCCCACACCCGCUACGAUCGCGGAAGUUGUCAAUGCCACGCGUCAGGAACGUUCAGGUUUCAUUCGCGCGGCGUUCCCGCAUGUUAUGCUCCCCGAGGUGCAAGUCAGUGAUAGAUGGCUUUUAGCCAUUGCUUUGCCAUCAUGGGCGGUCUGCGAGAUCCACGUCGUCUUGGAUAUUACAGCCAUUGAUGCCAGGCUGUAUCUGUGUCCUUUGCCUGCGGUGGUAGACCGGUACCUCCUCUGCCAUGUCGCGGGGGUGCCCGAUAACCAUGAGGUUGAGGUAUUCGUCGAAGGCUAUACCCAGCCACUGCCUCAUGGGCGAGACAUGCGUGUCUCUACCGGCAUGCUUAUCACCUUUCGUCCAGCCGGCGCGGAGCCUCGGCAUAUCUUUGGACUCGCCCAAGUUCUGCAGCAGGAAGGCCUGACCACCUUCUCCUUUGGAGAGGAAGGGCUCUCCGUCCACUUUGUGUACGAUGUCCUCGAGACAUUCAUGCCGCCACACUGGACCCUCCUUGUGAAGAUGACGCUUACCAAUCAUCUGACGCUCUUGGCCAACAUAGCACCCCUUGGCGGCAUGCUUCGCGAGCUUAUCCGCGAAAUCAUUUCCAAGGUGGCCUUUGUGGCCAGGGACAUACGAGACGUCGAGUGGGUGGCUGAGUGGACCUACCUGGAGUGGCUCCGAAAUGUCUGCUCCGACGAGGGCGGGAUGUUCUUGCGGGCUCCACGGUUGCAGACUGACGUGAAGACUCAGAUGGUCAACCGAGGAAGCCUUAUGCCGCUGCUGAUCCUCAGCUCUGGGGCGAGUGCACCGGGGGCCCGGAACGAAAUCCGGGGCGGCUUGUAUGAGAUGAGUGUCUGGUCAGAUCUCGGCCAGCGUGCACAAGCGUUCCCCAAGGGUGGACGCAAGCAGUUCCGACAUUACCUCAGCCCAGACACUUGGGCUCUGCGCCGCGAGGUGGCGGCCUUGCGCAGACAGCGCCUUAAGGCCGCGUGCAAGCAGGAUCGGGCCCAGCACUUCAGUUAUCUGGCGGAGCAAAUUCAGCAAGGUGAUGACUCUGCCCCUGCUGCGGAGCAGAGGCUCAUGGGUUUGAAGAGAAAGAAACCUUUUCAGCCCGACGUUCUCCCUGAGCUUCAAAAGGCGGACGGUUCUUUCUGCGAGACACCGCAGGCAAUCCAAGAUAGGUGGCUUGAGCACUUCAUGGAACAGGAGGCCGGAGUCGAGGUGAGCCCGACAGAUCUCGCGGCCCUCACCAAACCGCAGUCCCCCGGACCCCUGCCCGCCUCGCUGAGUGAAUUGCCGUCUCCAGAUCAGCUUUUUCAGGCUGUUAUCGGAGCCAAGAAGGGCAAGGCAGUUGGCCCUGAUGGAAUUCCAAGCGAGCUCGGACACGCCGGUCCACAUCUCUUGUACGAUCUGCUGCUACCUUUGAUGUGCAAGAUCGGACUUACAGGGAUUGAACCCAUCGGUUUUAAGAGCGGAGUUUUGGCCCGACUCUACAAGGGCCGGGGUCCCAAAACGGUCUGUGGAAGCUUUCGUGCAAUCAUGUGUUUGACUCCAAUGCCCUCCCGGCGCAACUUGGCGGGAGGAAGAAGACCUCGGUCGUCCUCGGUUCGCAUUUUACGCGUGCCUUUGGGCGUUGGUGCGCAACAGGGGUGCUCCGCGAUCACCCUCUUCGCGGACGUUGCCUCCGCCUAUUAUAGUGCUGUACGUGAGCUUACAGCACGUAAGGAAGGUGUCGGCAGCAGCGAGGCGCAGGCUAGGGUGCUCGGGGAGCCACUUGCACACAGUCAAGCAGUGCAGGAACAGCUUGCCCUCCCAUCUGCUAUGGAACGCGCCAGCGCGACGCCAUGGCUGGAAGCAUUGACUGCAGAGUUUAAUAGCAACACGUGGAUGGUCCUAGCUGGCGACACGCGACCUGCAGUUACGCGUAAGGGAUCGCGGCCAGGCUCAAGUUGGGCGGAUCUCUUUUACAGUGUGACUGUGCCACGCAUCAUCGAAUGUCGUGAUGCAGCCAGAGCCCAGCAUCCCGAUGCUGCUCGAUCUUGGCCCAUUCGGUGGGACGGCCGACAGGACCUCACUGAGCCGAGCUGUGACCCUGGUGAUUGGGUUUGCGUGACAGAGCUCAGUGAUGUCAUCUGGGCAGAUGAUCUCGCAAAAUGUAUUCCUGUUGAGGAUCCGGCUCAUGUGGCAAGCACACUGUCUUUUGAAUGUGCUAUAUUGACCGAUGCCUUUGGUGUGCACGGGUACCGAUUCAGUUUUGGGCCCACCAAGACUGCAGCGAUCGUAGCGGUACGAGGACCAGGCUCCCGGAAGGUCAGGAGGCAACUUUUCCAGGGGAAAGCGGCCGUACCCGUAUGGCGUGAAGAAGGAGGCGUUGAAUCCCUGCCCCUCAUACCCACUUAUAGGCAUCUGGGUGUGCAGACCUCUGCGGAUGCAGGCAUCAGCGUUGAAGUCAAGCACCGCAUAGGUCAGGCAUGGGCGGCCUUCCGCCAAGGUCGCUCGAAGGUGUACCGCAGCAAGCGUAUUUCUGUAGCGAAACGGGGAGCACUGCUAGCUACCCACGUCCUGACGAAGCUUCUUUUCGCUGCAGGGGCGUGGCCGCAGCUCUCGAAAGGGGAACAUGCAAUGUUCUCACACGCAGUCCUAUCCCUGUAUCGACAGACUCUUGCUAUCGGCCCGGAUGGGGACCAACACCUUACCCAUGCCACGGUAUGCUCCUUGCUGCAGCAGCCACCGCCGGAUGUGCUCUUGAGUGUUGAACGUGCCCGAUAUCUUCUACAACUCUUUCACUCCGCGCCGCCCCAGCUCUGGGCCCUGAUCCGAAGGGACCCGGCAUACAUCGCUCUUCUGCGAUCUGUUGUGCAGUGGAUGUAUACUUGGCUGUGGCGCACUACGGCCCUGACAAACCCUGAGCAGGACUGGGCUCCUUGGGAUGCGAUGAUUCAGCACAGGCCAGGCAUCUUUCAGGCGCUCAUCAAGCGUGUGCGAGGCUUGGAGAUCGCACGCACCUCCGGGCUUGCGGCUCUACAAGCGUUGAGACGAGCCCUCAUCGCAGUUGCAGGCAGUCUCGAGGAGGACGUCCGGCCUGAUGCAUGCCAGUAUGUCGAGGGGCACUUGCAGGCGUCUGCCCGAUGUCGCGUUGCUUGGGGUUCCUUUGAACUCGAUCCGGCGCAAGAUGUCGUUGAGGCGAUUCACAGCCAAGCACUCCCCCUUUCUCAAGUGGGACACUCGAGUGGCCGUACUUUUGAUUUCGAUCCGGCGGCGUUGCAUCUAGGCCUGCUGGCCGACUUGCAGGGGACAGAUCUGGCGUCAUCCGAGGGUUUAUGGGAGACGGUGUGCGGAUAUGUGGCACCGCUGAACAUAUUGCGGCGCACUGUUGACAUCUGGAGUGCCAACCCUGGCUCUGCCCAAGAUCCUGCGGAAGUUGCUAGAUCCUCCGAGGAUCUGUUUAGCUUUGUCCUCACAGGGACCCCUCAAAUCUUUGCCCUUGUUGCCUGCGAUACGGUUGGGCUUGCCGUGCAGGCUUCCAUGAGCAACCCUGUGCUCAUUCAAGCACCCACUUCUGCAUUUUCCAUGCUGGCCAAGCGCAUGAAUCCAAAGCCGGUGAUCACACCAGACAUUCAGCAGAUGCCGCUGCAUGCCCUUGUCUGGCACCCGGUAAGUUCCGUCCAGCAGUUGGAGGUCGAGCUGGCAGCGGCCCAGGCUUUUCAAGUGCUGGAUACGGAGCUGCGGUCGAUGGGGCUCAAGAACAUUUGCUACAGCAUGAUCACCAGCCCAUGGUUCUCGCGAGUGAUGAAUUUCAUCAUUCUCUUCAAUGCGCUCUGCAUGUGCUUUGACAUCUAUCCCCCUUAUGACGACACGGUGCUCCUAAUCCUGGACAACAUCAACUUCUUGUGUUCUGUCAUCUUCUUCUUCGAGGUGUGCAUCAAGAUCAUGGGAGUGGGUGUGUCCUUUUUUGAAGACAACGGAAACAGGUUUGAUUUUCUCCUGGUGAUGUUGUCUGUGGUCGAGCUCUUUUUGAGCGGAGGGUCUGCACUGUCUGCCCUGAGAACGGCAAGGCUCUUGCGAAUCUUCCGAAUGAUCCACAUGAGCAUGAACUUCCGAAUCCUCCUGAUGGUCUUUCAGAAGGCAGUGACGCCCACCCUCUACUUCUCCAUGAUCGUUAUUCUGUUUCUGUACUGCUCUUGCUUAGCGGGCCUUCAGAUCUUCAACAAGGAUGACGUUGAGAGUGGCAAGCUCGGCCUGGGUUUCGAGUCCUUGGCCAUGGGCUUCCUGACAUCUCUCGCGAUCUUCUCCGGAGACGGCUGGCUCGACAUCACCACCAACCAGAUCCACGGCAAGGACAAUCAACUCUUCGGAUUCUUCUACUUCUUGCUCACCUUCGCGCUCGGGAAGGCUGUCUUGAAGAAUUUGCUGCUGGGCAUCAUUGCCGCCGAGUUUACGGUGGCGCGAGACAUCAUGAAACAGGAUUUUCGGCUUAGAAUGGCCAUUGCCAGAGCAAAGCUCGAGAAGUUGCGCCUGACCGACGCCGCCCUGGGAUCCACGCCAGGCCGAGACAAGGAGGAAGCCGAGGACGACGCAGAAGCCGCGCCGGAGUCCCCGCGCUGGCCACAGCAAGCCUUCAGCCGUCUCGAGGGCACAGCGGAGAAGACCUGUGCGAGGAACAUGGAUGUUAUCAAGAUGAUCCAUGUGAAGGGCCAAGCAGCGAAGCGGCUCCAGGAGAUCGGGAAGAUCCACGCCAUGGGCAAGAGCAAGUAUUCUUGGCCAAAGGGCGAAAGGCAUCCUCCUGAUCGAGGCAUGACCGAUGUGGAGGCCAUGUUUCUCAGCUCCGUGGAGAUGCAAACGGAUGCACUGCAUGGUGCAGCACCGCCGGAACAGGCCUUGUUGCCGCUGGGGGUUCGCCUGCAGCGUGAAGCCCUGCAUGGGGCGGCACCGCCGGAAGAGCAGGAGGCGGAGGGUGCAGACGCCCACGAGCCAGGAUUCGUUUGCGUUCAGAUCGGCUUUGCGAGCAGCUCCUCAUCAGCGGCGAACACACGCGCCAAGGUCGACCACGCUGAGAGGACUGACCGGGCGAAUCCCGUGUGCUCAAGCGACCGCCCACCAGGUCCUUCGCAGCCCUUCACCGGCCGCCCGAUCUGGACCCAGCUCUCCGACAUCUCGGACACCCGAAAGGAAAGCUUCAUAGAGAGCUACCGGCGGGCUCGUGGAUCGGCGAGAGCAUCUGCUCCGCCGCGUGUCUGGACUGGAGACGGCCCGCAGCCGGAUGCCGAAGCACCACUGCGAAGGAUGAAGUGUCGGGAGAAUGCAGAGCAUCGGAUGAUGCCUCCGCAGCGCAAGGAGGUCACUUUGGAAGAGACGCCACAAGUCAUCGGGGACAUCGUCCUGCUGUCGCAGCUGGAGGACUUGCCAGAAGAGGAGCCUGUCGUGCAUCAGGAGGACAAGCAGAGCAAACCCAGGGACGGCGCACGUCUGCCUGAUGAGAAGCCAUCGAUCACGGAGCUGCUUCGAGGCUGUGCACGGAGCAUCAUGCGCUCGCCUGGCUUCGAGCCUAUUGUGAUGUUCGUCAUCGUUCUCUCCUCCAUCUCGCUGUCCUUUGAGAGCCCCUUCUCGGAUCCGAACUCGGAGGUGGCAUUCCUGCAGAUGGUCAUCGAUCGGUUGGCGGUGAUGGUCAUGCUCCUGGAGAUGUUCGUUCGUAUGAUGGUCAUGGGUCUGUGGAAGCCCCCGAGUGAGUGUGCGCCGGGGGAGUUGCCCGGCUUUUUCCGCGUGCCUUGGCACGUUCUGGACUUCGUGAUCUGCCUUGGUGGUUUGACUUACUUGAUGGCGGAAUUCUUCACCACGAACUUGGCGGAGCUGAAGUCUGUCCGGGCGCUCAAGAUGGUGUCAAUGCUGCGGCCACUGCGAUUGAUUGGAAAGACCAGCUCAGUGCGGUUGAUCAUCGAGUCGCUUCUUGCAGCUAUUCCAACGCUCGUCAACAUGACAAUGGUGAGCGCUCUCUUCUACCUCGGGUUCGGUCUGCUCUUCGUGGGAUUCUUCAAGGGUGCUCUGUAUCAUUGUUCGCUUGAUCCUCAAGGAGAUCUGAUGCCAGAGAUCGUGACGCAAAAGGAUUGCCUGAAAGCAGGCGGAGAAUGGAUCAACAGCGUGUCCCAUUUCGAUGCGGUGACAUAUUCCUUGGUCACCUUGCUGCACAUUGGUUCGGGGGAGGGCUGGAUCGACGUGACCCUGAACAUCAUUGGGGCACAAGGUGUGGGUUUGCAGCCGAGGCCGAAGACCAGGGUGGAGCAGGCGAUCCCUGUUGUGAUCUUCAUGGCUUUGACGAACUUCUUCCUGUUGAAUCUGCUGACCGGAAUUUUGGUGGACUCGUACACCAGUACGAAAGCGGAAUUCUCGGGGCAGAGCAACAACACCUCAGAGGAGAGGUUGAUCAAGAAGCUGCAGAGGGAAGUCCUGCUCAAUCCGGAAGUCCUUCUCCCACCGCCGCGAAUCGAUGUCCGAGGCAAGUGCUGCCUUGCAACACGAAAGCGGCUGAAGUGGUUCAUCGAGCACCGGAUCUCGCGAAUCAUCAUCUUCGUGGGCAUCCUGAGCAAUGCAAUCGUCCUGGGCAUCUCCCCGGUCAUCUUCCCCGAGCUGCUGGAGUUCCGGAGGAUCGUGAGUGGACUCUUGCUGGGGCUCUUCGCACUGGAGCUUGUGAUCAAGAUCUUCGUGUACAGCCGGGACUUUUUCAAGGACAAAUGGCAUGCUUACGACAGCUUUGCCAUCACCGGGUCUUUGAUCGGUGCAUUGGUCAAUGCCCUCGUCGCCGAGAAGGGGGUCAUGACACAAAUCCUUGGCGGCUUCCAAAUCCUGCGCAUUCUCAUGCUGGUUCGCUAUGCCUGGUUCAUGGACAGCAUCACCAGUACGAUCUGGGUAGCUUUGCCCGGCCUCUUCCAGGUCUCUGCGCUCCUGACGCUGCUCAUGUUCAUGUAUGCGUGCCUUGGCGUGUCGCUCUUCGGUACUAUCAUGGGCACAGACGAGGCUGCACAAUCGGCCAUCGACGGCAGCUACCCCUUGUCUGAUUCCAACUUCUAUAGCUUCAACAAUGCUUUUCUACUGAUGAUCCGAUGUGCGACGGGGGAGAGGUGGCACGACAUCAUGUAUGAUCUGGCAGAAGACAAGCCAAACUGCACCACGACGGCACAGACUUACGAGGACCUGCAGCAGAACGGGCCUCGUGGAUGCGGCAGCAUGUUUGCGUAUCCUUAUUUCGUGAGCUAUGUCCUGAUCGUCCUGUUCAACAUGAUGAACUUGAUCAUUGCGACGGUGCUGGAUGCGUACGGACAGGUGCACGAGCUCAUUGAACUCGAGGAUUUUAUGGUUUGUCUGCGUGCGCUGCGGGACUCCUGGGUGGAUAUCGACAGGAACUUCUUGGGCUACCUUCACGUUGCGGAAGUCGAGAACAUCCUGCUCAGUAUCCCUCAGCCGGUGGGCUUCAUCGGCCUCAAGAAGCGACAGCUGCUCCGAUCCCUGAUGAACCUCCAAGUGCACGAGGGAAGCAUGCUGGCCUAUCGGGAUGUCGUGAAGUUGGUGGCGCAGCGCUCGGUGCUGUUUCUCAGCGGGGAGCUUCUGCUCCAUCCUCAAGAGGCGGAGCUCGAUGAACAGGCUCUUCGCACUUGGAAUGCCGCCUUUCCGGAGCUGCCCCCCGAGCCGCCCUCAGACGCCAUCCUCAUCGCGCACAUCGUCAUCGCCAGGCGAACCGCGAUUUACAUCCGCAAAAAGCGUUGGGAGUGGAAGCAACGCAGUCGCUCGGGACAGGGUGCAAUGCGGAACCUCAAGAAGGCUGCAGCGAACAGAGGUCCGGCUGAUGCGGCCCGGGUUCGCUCACCACGGAGCUCACCCCGUGGCUCGCCCCGGGGUUCACCACGGAGUGGUUCGCCCCGCAGCGGCUCGCCACGCAGUGGCUCGCCGCGGAGCGGCUCGCCGGCAUCGGAAGGCAAGGAUGACGCUUGGGAGGAGGCUAUGUACAACGUGGACGUCGACAUAGACACGGCCCUUGCGGGCGUUUGGGAGCAAAGCGAUGAUCCCGGUCCGCCAACCUCCAUUUUCGUGAGUCAGUUGGCGCCCGAGGAGACAACUCAGAUGCAGCGCUCGCGCAAGCUGCCCCAGCUGUCUCCGUUGAGGUGGCCUCCGCAGGAGCUGGAGAAGUACCAACCCGAGGAAGAGCCCGUCUUCACGAAUGCAGAGAGCUCUAUGUGGGCCAAAGUGGCUGACCUGGCGCAGGGGAAGGACUCCAAGCCUGGGUGGAAGGAGUGA